AUGAAUAAAUUGGUAUUAGAUCGUGGUCCUUUUUAUUCCUAUGAUUUGCCUAAACAAGCUGUUAAUGGUUUGCUAUGUUUUGCCACAUCUGAUACGGAGGAAUUUCUCAUAUAUAAUCCUACCACUGGUGAGAAAUUACCUUGGAUUCAGACUACUGUGGAAUUGAAUCAGGGUGAAGAACAAGUUGACUGCAUUGGACUUGGUUUUGAUCCUGUGAGCAAUCAGCAUAAAGUCAUUUGCAUAUCAAGUAGCAAAUUCAAAAAAUAUCCUACUGAUAAUGAUGGCUUGCCGGUAUCAUCUGAUCAACAAGUAGGAGUUGAAGAUCAAAUUGUUGAAGUACUGACUGUUGGAGAAAAUACAUGGAGAAGAAUCAAUGCAGUCCCACCCUUUCGCGUAGGAAUUGGGAGGGAGGAGCUGGCUAAACCUGUUUAUUUAAACGGUAAUAUAUAUUGGCGAUUCCGUUAUACCAGCAGCGGUGAAGUGAUAAUGGGAUUUGAUUUUGGAAGCGAAAGUUUUAGAGUCAUUCCAAUCCCCGAAUUCUACACUGGGGAGGAUCCCGAGGACGAUUUCAAAUCUUUCCAACCUAUUGAAUUGAUGGAAUUUCAAGAGCGCAUUGCUGUACUAGACCGUGUAUGGGGUUAUGAAAGCUCUCUAUGGGCAAUGCAUGAGGAUGCACAGGGUAAGAUUGAGUGGAAAGAUGAGGAGAUAUACAUACCUUAUGCCUGGAAUGUAAGACGAGAUCCUUCUGUUGCGGCUCUUACCGGGACGAAUCAAAUCUUCAUUCAACCCGAGUGUACAGACAGUAUCUUUUAUUACAACCUCAACUCAAAAAAGUACCUAAGGUUUCCAAUAUCACCCGAUCGUAAUGUUGUUACUUGGGAAAAGACACUACAACUGUAG